GGAGAAGGGAGGGAUGGGGGACAGGAGCUGAGGGCCCAGGGACGGGCAAAGGCAUCCGGCCCCAGGAGCCUCGCUUUGCUUCUAUCUCAUCCCUAACUCGUCCCUCUCUCCCUGUCCUCCAGGAAGAUUUUCCCGACGGGAGAAACCCCUAGGGAGGGGAGCAACCUGGGCUGGGUCCGCAAUAUCAUAAGGAGAGUGUUUUUUGGCCGCACCAUCCAGGUCACCCCAGCACCUGGGGUGGCAGAAAUCAACAAGCAAGUACUAGAGAGAGAACGCUGCUUCCGGUACCUCCUUUACGAGCUCCGUGGGAUCCAGGUCGAAGACGAUCUCCUGGACUUGGCCAGGAAUCUGACAGAACUCCAGGUCAGGGACCUUACCCAGCAGGUCCUGGUCGGUUUGAAGAGCUCCAGCUUGGCCCGGGUGAGCUACGCAAUAAGGGUCCUCCCCGUCCUGCUGCAGAAGCCCGGGGCCACAGCCGAUCAGGUGGCCGACCUCGGGAGGACUAUGUACCUACACAUCCACUCCUCCCACACCCUGGCCUGGAAGACCCUCUUCCUGAAAGCCCUGACCCUGCUCACCUGCCACCAUCCUCAGGCCACGGGGCUGCUUUUACUAGAGCACUCGCUGCCCCUGGACAGACAGGCCCUGGAAGUUUGGAGAGCCUUGGGAGCCAACGCCCAUCUGGUCUCCCAUGUGCUCGGGAUGCUGACGUCCCGGAUACUGGAGAGACCGUCAGCAGGCGUCAGCGACCGUGCUGCCUGGGACAAGCACAGCCUGGAGUCCAUCGCGGCCACCAAUGUCGUGUAUGAGCUCCUGUUUGCUCGGGAGUACUCCGGGGCCGUGACCCAGUUCUUCCCUCGACUCUUCCUGGCCCUCGUCACCCAGGUGCACUAUGUGCUGGAGCUGGGCCUGCGGGCGUACCGGGAGCAGGAGGUCAGAGAGCCCACUGUGCCCUCCGCCCUCGGACCCUGGAGGACCCCUCUGGAGGCCCUGAAGGGGCUUCUCUCCAGCCAGGACUGCUGGAGGACAUUCAUGUCCAUGCAGCUGCAGGACGGCUGGGUCCUGUUCGCAUGCCUGGAGACCUUCCUGGAGGGCGUGGUCCUGCUAGCCAGGACAAUGGUCCAGAACAGGUGUCCCGUCGUCGGUGCCCUUCUGAAGGCGGUGACGACUUCGCUGCCGGGGUUGGGCCGCAGGGACUGAGCAUUCCCGUGGGCCUCCUGGCCGAGGGGCCACUGCUCCGGGCCCAGCUUCCGGCCCUCCUGGAGGGGCUUUAUAUUGACGAAGAGGAGUGUCUCUUGGCAGCCAUGGCCACAGUGACCAGGGCUCCUUCGUACGGACCGGUGGCAGCCACGGUGCCCCGUGGUGCAACGGGGGUGUCAGCCUCAGGAGAAGCCGAGCCAGAAAGGAGAUCCUAGCAUCCUGUCCCCGCUUCGGGGGCCUGCUCGAAAGCAGCAGGGUUCAACGUGAUGUCACCUCCAACUGGGUUCCGGAAUUAGAAUCUGAAAUAGAAACGUUCAAAUUUGU